AUGUCUUGCUCAUCGCGUGUCUCCUCGGCGAGGGCUGGGGGCAGCAGCUCUGUCAGCGGGUCCGCUGGUGGGAGCAGCUUCAGCAGUGGAAGCAGAUGCGGCCUGGGGGGCGGCUCUUCCCGGGGCUUCCGAGGAGGAGCCAGCAGCUGCGGCCUGAGUGGGGGAGCUGGCGGUGGUUUUGGGGGCAGCUUUGGAGGGGGCUUUGGUAGCUGUUCAAUAGGUCGCAGUAUGGGAGGAGCCUCGGGCAGUGGGGCUGGCUUUGGUGGGGGCUCUGGAUUCGGCGGGGGCUCUGGACUUGGCGGAGGGGCUAGUGGAGGCUUCUACAGCUAUGGCGGUGGUAUGGGCAGUGGUGCUAUGGGUGGUGGUGCUGGCGAUGGGGGACUUUUCUCCGGAGGUGAAAAGCAAACCAUGCAGAACCUCAAUGACCGCCUGGCUAAUUACCUGGACAAGGUCAGAGCCCUGGAGGAGGCCAACACUGACCUGGAGAACAAAAUCAAGGAGUGGUAUGACAAAUUUGGGCCUAGGUCUGGAGAUGGUGGGUCUGGAAGGGAUUACAGCAAGUACUACCCAAUAAUUGAAGAUCUGAGGAAGCAGGUAAGAAAUUGUACACUGCUGACUUUCCAUUCUUUUUGUAUUUUCACUUUUAUUCAGAUCAUAUGUUGUAAUAAAAAUUGUAUAUCCAGGAAUUGUUUGAAAACAUAUUUGCUUGUUGUGUAUGUAAAAUGGGACCUAUGUAUUUUAACUGUAACCAUACUCUACCUGACAUCCAGCCACACUGAUUUUCUGUUUGCAUCAAUUUGAGUGUUUCUACAUAAGAAUAGAACACAGGAAAUGAAGAAUAUGCAAGGCAGCUCUGGAGGUGACGUGACUGUAGAAAUGAACGCUGCCCCAGGAACUGACCUCACCAAAUUACUGAAUGACAUGAGGGCACAGUACGAGGAGCUGGCUGAGCAAAACCGCAGGGAGGCCGAGGAGCAAUUCAAUAAGCAGAGUGCAUCACUACAAGCCCAGAUCUCCACUGAUGCUGGGGCAGCCAGUUCUGCCAAGAGUGAGAUGACAGAACUGAAACGGACGCUGCAAGCCCUGGAAAUUGAGCUGCAGUCCCAACUGGCCAUGAAAAGCUCCCUGGAAGGGACACUGGCUGACACGGAAGCAGACUACAGGGCUCGGCUGUCAGAAAUACAGAUGCAGGUAAGCAGCCUGGAGGAGCAGAUCUGCCAGAUCCGGGGCGAGACCGAGUGCCAGAACGCCGAAUAUGAGCAGCUGCUCGACAUCAAGACCCGCCUGGAGACGGAGAUCGAGACCUACCGCCGCCUGCUCGACGGAGAGGCAGGUGGUUCUUCUUCGGGAGGAUCUGAUUUUAGAAACUCAGGCUCCGGAAACACAGGGCCCCGAAACGUGGGAUCCAGGGGUUCUGCGUCUGUUGACUCAAGAUGUGACAGCAGUUCUGGUCAAGGAAGAGAGUCAAACAAGACUAGAGUGACUAAGACUAUCAUAGAAGAAGUGGUGGAUGGCAAGAUUGUCUCAUCUCAAGUCAGCAAUAUUUCUGAAGUGAAAGUUAAAUAA